AUGGACAGCAACAUUUCAGACGACGAUAAGACCGCUCUCAGUUUACCGAGGCAAGCUGCAAAUGAGCAAAGGAGAAGCGCUUGUAUGGCCAGCAGAUGGCAGAAGCUCUGGAGGAGUCGAUGCCGACAAUUGCUUCGAGAUCCGAUUGAGAGCAGGCCGACAGAGGUGAAGCUGCAUCGCUCUAGGCAGCUGAAAACAAGUUUGGCAAACCACGUGGGCUUUAUGCUUUCAGCUCUUUGUGUUUUGCUGUCGAAGGGGGACGGAGCUGAAGUGACUGCAAAUUCAUCAGUGCUCAGUCGUUUAUCCUGUUCUUCUGCGUUGUCGGACCCUUUGUCCGAAACAUGUUUUCAUGAGUUUGGCCAUACAAAGGUGCUUCUCAGCCAGUGCAAUGGAGAUCUUUGUUCCAACCCGGUCUGUACAGAUGUUCUCAAAGCCAUCCGAACUCUUCAAACAUUUAAACCUGCCCAGUUCUGA